UGUACUUGAACGAACUUCGUUAUAAGACUCUGUGCAACUCAGAUAAAUGGCUCGCAUACUCUUGUGUGGUUCACAUUUCUUCCCUUUCAUAUCUCGCGACACCUUAUGGACGUCCGUGGAAAUCUGGGUCGUGUCAUAGGCUGUGAGCUCCGGUGUAUACCGCCUAGAUAUCUCGAAUCAUGUUGGGGGCUAAAAUGGUGCCCUAAAUUUUAUGCGCGAGGACCAAGCGAAUUCGACGUUGGGGUUUUAACACCGGAUGGAAAAUACAACUCCCUAAAGAUUGAUGGUCCCCUGGUUAUAGAACAUGGAACUCAGGAUAUCAUUACGAGUUUGAAACCGUCUUCAAGCCUGCCCAGCACCAUCAUCCAUGAUGCCGACGGUCGGCUAGGAUUAAGGAGACGCGAACUGUUUCCUUCACCGUCCAGGGACUUCGGUGUGCCUUCGUCUCCCGUUUAUAUUGUUCACGAGAGGGCACAAGAUCAACCUGAUUUUAUGCGUUCUCUCGCCCAUUCCUCAGCACCUCUAAUUGCUCCGGGAGGGACGGAAAUGUCGCUGCCCGUAUCCAUUCCUGUAUCAGGAACUAUGUUGUCGUCGAUCCAGCCCCCCUCAGAGCCCUAUACGUCAGAACUCUCAUAUGCUCUGCUUCCGGGACAUUCGUCGCGCCCACCGCAGAGCUGUGGUGUCCCAACAGUUGAGACACCCCUGCAUUUACAUUAUUCAAACCCCAAAGUUAUGCCUGCUGUAUCUCAAGAUCCAGGCGCCGUGCUGUAUGGCGUAGCGCCACAGAAUGACGUCUCCUUAGGGCCCUUGGUCUCAAAUCCAGGAGACUUGCAGGCACAAUAUCUUCCCCUGGACAACAUCCAUACCCGCUCCAUACUACGGGGUCAUUUUAUGCCUCCCGUCAUGCAAACCACGCAAUUGACUUUGUUGGAUUCAUGGAACAACCUCGAUUGCUCUCCCACUCCAGCAACCCCGAUGACAUGUUCAACUUCGUUCAGUACUGACUCCAGUCUGAUUGACGAGCUUGAACGGCAUCAUGAUCCAGGGGUUACAACUCCGAUGUCGGAAUUGAACUGGGAAAAUUCGCCGCAAUCCAAUGAUCCGUCGGAGGCAGGAAUGAUGGAUGAGUACUGGCAGCUGCAUCAGACUUUUACGCGUUCCUCGCCGAUGCAUCAGUCGGGAGGGCUAUCUCCUAUCGAUAUGAGUGUGGACCAGCUGCCAGGCGCUGGUAAAGGAGUGGAGACUGCGUGCAAUCUUUCCGACACCUUCCUCUUUUCCGGCACCUUUCAUAGCCUCUUUGCUUGCUGAGGGUCGCUGGGCAGCUGCUCUGAUAGGCUGCUGUCCAAUACAUUCAUCUUCCUAUUUUCGUUAUUUCCAAGAACCUGGCAAACACGAUACGCCCUCGUUGUGCGGCGCCACGUUUGCGUGUUGUUUAAAGGGCAUAGUUGGCUAUGCACGCCAAUUUAUGAACAUAACAAUGAUAAUGGUAUUUUCAGAAGCGCGCAGGUAUAUAUUUGUUUAAUACAAGGACAUGAUACCCAUAUAUUUUACUCGUAUAAUUGUCAUAAAUGUUUUUUGCUUUUGAUCAAUUUUGCCUACGUUGUGAUC